CGUUCCCGCCGAGGCGACGCCGCCUCCGCUCGUGCCAGAUUUUCCGGUGGCGCCGCUCGACCCAUCGUCGGCGGCGGCUACCGUCGCCCAGGUCGUUGUUUCGCUGCCGGCGGUCGUUCCGGACGCGCAGCUGGGCAACUUCGGCACCACCACGCCUCCUAUAGUGAUGCCGCACCCUGAACCGACGGUCAACGAAGCCCUUCAGGCGCAGGCCGCGCCCGUAACGGUUUCCGCUCCCGCGCCCGUGCCCGCACAAGCACCCGUAACUGGCACGGCCAUCCCAUACGAGCAGUUGCCCCAGGCUUAUGCCGGUGCCCAGCCAGAGGUGGUGCAGCAACAGCCGCCUCUUCCAGCAGUGCAGCCCAGCCUGCCGAUGCCCACCGCCCCAGCCGUGUCUCUGCAGCAGCCCGCCAGCGCGCAACCAUCGGCGGGCCUUCCUUCCAUGCAGCCCUUUCAACCGCAACAGCAGCAGCAACAGCAGCCCUUACCGCCAACUUCCAUCGCCGCUAAUGUACAGGUGUCGCUCGGUCAGCAGCAGCAGCAGCAACAACUGCCACAGCAGCAACAGCUGCCGCAGCAGCAGCAGCAGCAACAACUGCCACAGCAGCAACAGCAACAGCUGCCACAGCAGCAGCAGACGGUUGCCCCUGUCGGCACACAGGCCCAAGCGCCCGUCCCCAUGCCAGCGGGACAAUCUCCCCAGGUCGCCCCCACAGGCGCCGCCGUCCCGACUCCAACGGCUGCGGCGCCAACGCAGCCGGCGCCGCCCACGGCCGGCCCCACGGCGGCCGGGCUGCCAACUCCGCAGGGCACGCUCCCUCACUCGCACGAGUCCGACACGGAGGUGACGCACCGGCUAACCGGCGCCGAGGACCUCAAGGCGCUGUCGGAGAAGCUGCGCAGCCUUUUCCACGAUGCCAGCUCCACUUUGCCGGCGGCAGGAGACGCCACCGCCACCGCGGCGACGGCGGCGGCGGCGGCGGCGCCGGCGGGGACGCUGUUGAAAGAGCAGGCGCCAGCGGGCGUAACGGGCGUCGGUGCGGCCGCGGACCCAGCGCACGUGCUGUCCCCGAGCAAGUCGGUGCAGGGCUACGCGCCCGCGCAGGCCGGUCCCGCUGUCUCCCACCCGACGAGCCUGGCGCUGUACCCGGCUGCUGCGGCGGCGGCGGCGGCGGCGGCGGCGGCGGGAGUGGCGAGCCAGAGCGUUGUGUUGCCCACGACCACACCCGGGGCGGUGGCGCCGGCUCUGCCCUCGCAGGGCGUGGCGGGGGGGGCGGCGCCAGCGCAGAUGGCCAGCGCGUUCGUGAGCUGUGGCGGUGGCGGCGGCACCACCACCAGCAGCAGCAGCAGCAGCAGCGGCACCACCCCGCCGAAGCCCUUGCCUCCAACCUGGCUCCCCGUACAGCCGCAGGCCACUGAUCCACUUCAGCAGCGGUUAAUUAAGACGCUCACUCCCACUGGCGAGCAUGUCCCACCGUUCCCAGGCCCGCCCCAGAACCAGGCCCCGUUGGAGAGCCUCGAGGCGAGCCUGAAGCGGACACUGAGUCCGGAAACGGUGCAACACGGGUCGCCCCUGACGGCCGUCACCCAGCCUGGCGGUGCCGAGCCGUUUCCCCUGUCAACCCAGGAGGGUGGUGCCCCCUCGUGGGAGACGCUAACCACCCCCAUGCACCCGGCUGAAGGCGUUCUGCCCGCCGAGCCGGGUCAGGGGGCCGGCCCAUGUGCCACCGCAGCCGCCGGCGUCCAACAGCGAGCGGAGUUCGACACCCAGACGGGCUCUCCGCUCCCUGGUCCUCCAGUCCCGUCCGCCUCGGAGUCACCCAGACCCCCCGCCGCGGGCACCAACGCCGGAGCGACUACUGCGACCCAGCCCUCGCUGGCGCCACCACAGCUGCCUACCCCUGCCCCCGUCCCAGCGGCGACUACCGUGCGGGGCCGGUUCCAGGUCACCACGACGCGCGACGUAGUCAGCACCGACCCGGCCACAACCACCUCCUCUCCCUCCUCGCUGUCCUCGUCGUCAUCCGAUCGCCACGCGGAUGCCGUCACCACCACCACCACCACUGCCGCCGCCGCCGCUUUUGCUCCCGCUGAGCAAAGAACGCAGGACCCGGCCGUCGUCGCAAAAGCUACGAACGCUGCCGCGGCUCACCCGGGGGGCCGUGACGACGGGAAAUGCUUCCGGUCCGACACGUUGAACGGCACAGACAAGAGCUGUUCGGACACCGGCGAGAAAACGCGCGGCUCGACUACACCGUUGCCGGGCAUUCCCCCUGGAAGCACCGGUCCGGCUGCAGAGAUUCUCCAAGCGCAACCGCUACCGGCAACGGGGACGGCAGGGCGCGCGGGCGAGCUGCGGACAGACUCGGAGGUGCCCUUCGGCGAGGGCUACGCGCAGACGCCCGGCGCGAGAACGGCCGACCUCUUCCCCGACGGCAGCGAGGCGACGGAGCAGUACUACAGCGCGACGGAGAACGGGCGCGACAUGACGUCGGACGAUUUCGCGGGGCCCUUGUCCGCUCGCGGAGGCGUCGACGGUGGCAGCUACGCCGGCGGCGGCAGCAUCAUGCGCAAGCAGCCAAGCACGGACAGCGAGCUGUCCGCGUUCGGCAGCCUGGCGGCGCGGGAGCGGAUGGGCAGCUUGGAGAGGACGGAGUCUGUGGGGCGCUUCGAGCUGAAGGACGGCCUCGUGCCCAAUGUCCGCUCGGCGUCGUCGUUCGUGAGCAGCGACAACGACUCGGAGGACGUGGAAGAGGACGACCUGAAGAAGCAGCUGCACAAGCUGCGGGAGAAGCACAUGGAGGAGGUCACCAACCUGCAGGUGCGCCAGCGGAAGGAGAUGGAGGAGCUGUACCGCCGCAUGGGCAAGGAGCCACCCGCCUGCCUGCAGCAGUCGGCGCCGCCCUCGAUACGCCGACGACGCAUCAGCAAGAGCCGCAAGACGAGCACCGGCGGCAAGCCCAGCAGCAUGCAGCCGCUGAAGCCCACGGCGCUCUUCCUCCCCUCCUCACAGCAAGCACCGGCGGCGUGGCCCGCCAGCGGUCCGGCUCCAACGGAACUACAACAACAACAACAGCAGCAGCAGCAGCAGCAGCCAGCGCCGCCACAACCGCCGCCGCCACAACUCGCCACUGCGCCGCAACCCAGAUGCCCUCAGCCGGCGCCCAUCCCCAAGACCCACAUGCUCAAACCCUCCUUCUCCACAGAGAGCUUCUACUCAGGCUUCAUCAGUGACGGAGCCAUUCACCAGUUUGGCAACGGCUGGACGGUUUUUCACCAAACUGCCGACCGAGUGACGUACAAAACUAACAGCAAACCGCGCUCCCGAUUCCUCAGUGGGCCCGCCACCUUGUCUGUCUCAGGCAGUGCGAUGAGACGAAAGAGCAGCGUCCCAAUGACCAGCGGCCUGGGCGCCUUCAUUGGUGGUGGCAAUGAUGGCAGAGUUGGCGGAGGCGGCGGAGAGACGCCGUGCUCCGGCACGGUAACGAUAGGCACCGGGGGGCCUUCAGCAUCCCAGGGUGGCAGCACCAAGAAGGGUACCUUCACCGACGACCUGCACAAGCUCGUGGACAACUGGGCGCGCGAUGCCACCUGCCUGCUGCCGCAGAAGCCGAGUCUCAAUCAGAUCCGGCAGUUCAUGCAGCGGCAGGACCUGGAGGUGCAGAGGCAGUGCGACGUGCAGCCCGGGCUCAGGAUGUACGCGCCAGCUCAGCCGCCACCCCCGGCCACUUCGUGCUUGGGCAGCUGCGCCGGCAGCGGCGGCUCCAUCGCCAACGCCUUGCCGACCGCCACUGUGGUGCCGCCAUACAUCCUGCCGGGGGCGAUGUGCGCGGGCCAGUUCCCCUGCGGCGUCGCCGUCCCGCCGGGCUUCCAGGGCCCGGCCCGCGUGCCCGUCAACCCCAGCGCGCCGGGGCCACCGCUGCCCUCCUCCGCCACCACCCCGGUAGUGGCCGCCGCCGUCCUCUCCGCCGUCGCCUCCGCGAGCCUCCCUCCCACGGCUCUGACCACUCCGUACCCAGGCAUCGUUCCCUUUCCCGUGCCGGGUUUGGCGGCCAAGCCCGGGUGCGGCAUAGGCAGCGGUAUUGGCGGUGUCGGCGGUGGCGUCGGCGGUGGCGUCGGCACCGCCGGCGGUGGUGGCAACGGUGGUGGAGUUGGCACGGUUUCAACCGCCCGGGCCGAACCUCAGAACCACCUAAGAGGGGGAGGCAGAGGGCGCCGCGCGUUUACCGCUGCGGUUGACUCCGCGGUUGACUCCGCGGGUGGGAAAGCGUGCCGUUGAUUUUGUGUUGGGAGUUGUGGGGGUCGUCGGGGAAGGUCGUUCGCGGAAGGAAAUAAGGUGAAAUGUAGAUCACGUGGGUGGCCUGCUUUGGAAGCGAGUUGCUGGGGCUGCAGAAAGCGUAACCUGGCUCUGUGUUCCGUUUAGUUUAACAAAAAAAAAUAGAUUACGCAAGACCUCGAAAUGACAAAAAACGUGACUACCUUACCAAGUGUCCAAAAAUUUCUAUUUUUUGAGAAUUUGGCAACCACUCCGUGGGGGAAAGUGAAAUGCGAUGAAAAGAAAAGAAGGGGGAAUUAAAUAACAGAAAAGGGUCAAUUUGAUUGGCAAAUUGUUGAAUGUAAUUGGGUCGAACAGAGAGAUGUGAAUUUGAAAAGUUAAUGUCCUUGCACCGAAGGCACUUCUUAGCAUCGCGAUUGUUUUUUUUUUCUUCUGCUAAAGUGGAACGUCUGCGGGAUGUUAGAGAUGGUUUUUGUUUUGUGGGUGCUGGUUUGGUAUAACACUAGGGACGUGGAUUUGGGGGGGAGUAGAGUUGACAAUGCAUGGGGGGGGGGGGGCGGGUGUAAGGGUUCAUUCGAGACAGCAUUUGUGAGCACAAUGUAAAAUAAUCGCGGACUUCGUCACAAGUGAUUGGCCGAGUUUGCGCGAGUAGCCUUUUUUUUUGUUGCUGUAAAUGUCUGUUGGUUAUCGAGGGCCACGCGAUGAAACCUACAAAACAAAAAUAUCUAACAGAUGGAGAGCGUUAAUUGAGGUCGCACAGACGAUUACAAAAUGGCGUGUGUGGGGUGAAAGAAAUGGCAACGCCUGCUGGCAAAAGUAACUAGACACAUUGAAAAAUGCAAACUUUAAAACAAUUUAUAGCCAAUUUUGGGUAUAGAUCAGUAAAAACAGCUGCUAUGUAAAAAGUCUUUGGCUUUGUAACUUGUCACUUUAAAGAAUUUGAUGUGCUUGUCUGUGUUUAUUGAGCUUUGGGUUUAUUUGUAAAUGUGAAUAUUAAUACUGGUCCUUAAGGUUACUUGAAAUGUGUUGGUUUUUUUAUGAUACGAGAAAAGCUUGCAUAGAAAGAGUGCCUUGUAAAAAAACGGAGAGAAAACCACGUUAAAAAAAAUAGCUUUCCUUCUCGGGUUAGUUGUGCUCGAAAACUGACAGCUCUGCGCAGCAAGGCGCGACGACGUACAGUAGGUGACAAAAGAAGCUCCUCUUCAACAGCCACGCGUACAACGUCUGUGCUGUAGACCAGCAAGUUUAAGCCAUUUGUUACAUUCUAAGUUAAACAAAAACAACAAAAAAUAGCAAGCCGUGGCUGCGUGCUUACAUUGUACAGAUUUUCUUCUUUUAACUUUCAGUGACGCGUGACGGUGCAGGGUUAAUACCGACAAAUAGGAGCAGGUGUCGGCGACGGAUGCCGUGCAUCAUCGGUGAAUCCGCAUAGAGAUGAUGCAAGGUAAUCCGGUGAACUGCAGGGUAUGCAUGCUCCGUGAAAGGCUGGGUAUUGGCGUUCAACUCUUUGCUGGCGUGGGUCGCGUGUGAACGGCUGCGGGGUCCGGGUGUCGAGUCAAAAUGCCCCCUCUUGAGAGUCCCGUAGUAGUGCCACAGUUUAGAUCGUGGGUCCGAAACAAGCCGAUCUUCGAGCAUGAGAGGAAGUCCUGAACAACUCGUGGGCAUUAUGGGAUUGGCCUGAUGGAUAUCGGCAGCGUUGUAAGCCACUGGGACGAUUAACAAAAUGGGCGCGAGUCGGCAUUUCACGAACGAGCAAAAACACCAACCCAAAAUAAAAUUAGGACUACAGAGGAAGGGGGGGGGGGGGGUCAAGUUUACAGAUUUGUAUCAAAAUACAGACGGCAGUUGAACACCCUGGAAGUAAUGCUCAAUAUUGGUAUGUCUAAGAAAGGCAUGCUUGUCUUGCGUGAGGCAGAAUAUUUACCUAUUUCCCCCCCCCCCCGCUCGCCGAAAUCCACGGCGAUUGGUUCAUCCGUCCCUGUCAUUUCCGCUUCGCACCAAGGCCAGCCAAACUUGUGCGGUGGCUAAGGCAGACGGGUUGGGUGAAACGGCUGCUUGCAUAGGCUUGCUCAAGCAUUCACCGCCAAUAGUCCACAGUUACGUUGAAAUCAACGCUCCGCACAAAGCUUAUCGCAGGUUGCGUUACAUCACGGAUAACCACUCUGGUUCUUAUAUUCCAUCGUAACCUUUUUGUAUUUGCUAGAUUUUGCACGAAGGGGGAACGUGCGACUCGACAACAUUGCCUAACUCGGGCAAACGUGCUCGUGGCGAUGGUAACUUUCAAAUACCGCCGUUUCACCCAAACCAAACCACCCGGUGAUGCUCGCUCUCUUGGCGCACGCCAACCCCCCCGUCACAAGUGAGAGGUUCUGCUCAUUUGUGGCAAUGAUGGGGCACCUGGAUAAAAUAAAUUGUCACAAACCGCUGUUAUUGAACGAAGCGCACAAGACUGCCUUGUGGUUUGUGUGUUGGUGUGCCGCCACCUGUGAUUGGUGGUGGGGGGGGGGGGUACGUCACUGGGCGCGUACGAGGUGCGCGUGCGCGUUGCUGCCGCUUGGCUUGCGUUCAUAUUUUGCAAGCCCUGUCGGCAAUUGGCGCCUUGGCGGCUGCCGCGGGACACCCAAACACGGGCGAGCGUGCACCCGCUAUCCUCUUUAGGCAUCGUGACCCCCAUCUCCCACCCUCCCUUCCCGUGCGUAGGUUUUUACAGUUGUCUGCGCUGUGACGAGGGGAAAUCUUUCAAAACCGUCCUCUUUGACCGAUGGACGUUCGCGUUCGAAAAGAUUAUAUUAAAGUGGCCCCAGCAUUCACGUUUUUCGAGGUUUGUUUCGAGCGACCUCUAUCGGAAUCUGUUGCAUUUUUUUUACUGCAAAAACCUUGACUCUAAACUUAACAUCGAUUUAGGGUUGCGGCGAUAUUCACAUCUUGCCUGAAUUGCGUUGGCAAACCCCCACCCCCUGUUAUUGACGGUGAAUAUUUUUUUCCUCCGGUUUUGCCAACACCCGGAUAAGGGAGUAACAUUCACCCGUGUGAAUCGUGGACCCGUCAUGUUAUUAUUACAUAAAAUAAAAAUGCAAUCGAUUGCCAUCUGGGACAACUUUAAACGAUCCGAGAGAGUGAAUACAGUUGAGCCGACGCAGACUUUGCUUGUGCAGAUUUUCACCUUCAUACAGUGCCACUGAUGAAUAAAAACAAUGCUUUGUCCGUCCCCGCAUUUUGUAUAGCAAAUUAUAUCAGUAUUAUUAUAUCACUAACGCUUCAAGCUGUGAAAAGUGUACUUUACUGAUUGCCGCAUUGAUUUAUCGCAACUGUAUUAUCCUUAUGUAUGUACGUUCUGUAUUAAGACCUGUAUUAUCUUUCUUUUUUUGUUUGGGUUUGGAUCAGUACCCGUGCAGACUUUGCUCGAGGGCUGUCAGGCAGGGUUUGGUGGGGUUGGCUUAGGCCGGGUGUCAAUCCAGCUCUGUGAACCCUGCGUUUUGUCUGAUAUUAAAGGUUAAGAGAUGGAGGUAAGGUGAGCAGAGGCGGUUGUGGGUGGUAGGUGUUAGGCACGCGAUGAUCGCAGUUAAUUUUGCGGAUUACUUGUAGAUACCGGCACUCGUGGCGACGCGUGUCGAAUUGUGAGCCUAUGAAUUGAUUAUUUUUAUGAUUUGUACGAAUGCAUGCUAUUGUUAUGUUUACGAUAAGUGCGAAAAAUUGCUUAUAAACCUGGCAAAAAAAAUCUUCAUAAACAAUACAAAAGAAGGGUUAUAUGAUAGAACAAAGAAAAUCAAAUUUUCUCAAUGGCACCAUCCUGAAUCUUUACAAUUCAUAGGUUUGCUGUGCAGGGUGAAUUGUUACUAGCCACGUAUUUCAAGGUGGUGGCUACUCGCAGUGGGUCAAGAUGACGGGUUUACGUGAGAACGGGUACCGUUAGGUUAGUUGUGUGCAAAGUUGUCCGUUUCCAGCUGCAAAGAGAAUUUGUCAUCGAUUUGACAGCUCUAAAAGUGGGUAUAUUAAUCAAGUUCAGUCCAACCCAUCUACGAACAUGCCUGAACUCCUCCCCACUCGCACGUCUAUCUUUUUCUCCAGCCGCAGAGGGCAUUUGUUGUCACAGGGACAGAGCUCUAUGAAGGGAUACAGAAUUCCAACUUGGUUUGGUUGAACCCUGCCUGACCUCCCAUUCCCACACCCAUGCUCUGCACGGCUCAAGAGGAGUAAUGUACAACGUAUACCUUUGUGCCAUUUUUUUGCAUGCUGGUUAAUGUUUCGUUCAGAUGUUUUUGUUUACUCUAUAAAGGUAUGGUAUUGAAAUGCAUUCAACUUUGCAAUGUAAAGCAACCGUGGCAUCCGCGUACACACAACGGUACAAAAAAAGGAAUUAGUUUUCUUACUCUGCAUGUAUGUAUUAAGAUGCGGGGGGGGGGGAACAUGUUCGUGCACAAAAUGGUCACAAUUCUGAAACGGUAUAUCUGCAUUCAUUAUCCCUGGUUUUUUUGUUCACUAUCGUUUUAUUUUAUUUCCUUAUAAUGAAUCUGUCCGUUCGCUAUAAGUGGUUGUUAACGUGGUUAAUGUUUGUGGCACAGCUGUUGGUCGCGUGCAGAGGAGCUGGGUAACGUGGCAUAUUGGCGCGAGUCCUUUAAUCGUGGGGAACUUGGGAGAAGUACGUAUGCUACCGCAUCGGCUGGCGUUCUUUCAUUCAUUGUCCACCAAACUCGACUGGCGCUUGUGCUCAAGUGUAUAAAUAAACGGCGGCUUCCCCAUCAUUUUGGAGCUGUUGUCAAAAUCUGUGAUGAUGCAUCAGCUGGAAAACCGCCUUUUUGGUGGCAGUGAAGCUCACUUAAUGUCACCUUCCUAUGUAUAACUGUUAGCCGCACAUCGUUGAUGAGCGGAGAGGGCUUGCAACUCGUGGCUAUGUUGAUUCGCUGCCUCCUUGGCAGAUAAGCAAUUGGCCGAUUUUUUUUGCUAUUUUUUAUUUAAAGGAAUGAGAGUCCCCUUAAUGCUGCCACGAUGUAGUGGUGAGCAGCACUCUACCGGACUCGCAAUCCAGGUCACCAGUUCAAUUCGAUCUCUCGGCAGAGCAGUUGAAACGACCGGCGAGUCUUUUUUUUAUUCUCCCCAUCUCUGUCUGUACCACAUUUGAUGAGCAGCAGCAGGUCGUGUGUGUGGUGGGCGAAAGCGUGGAUAACUCCCACCCCUUCCAAGGACGCCUGGUCAGUGGGGAAGAGUAGGAAAACUCCUGUCUUGGGGCCCUUCUGCCAGCAGCAGCGUGAGCGAGAAAUUUCGGUGCUUCCCAUUCACGUGACAGAGCUCGUCAGCGAAAUAUGCCACCGUUCAACCGUUCGUUGCCGUGCAGCAGCGUGUGCGAGGCUACACAUCGCCAUGUAGUCUUAAUAGCAAACCCUGUGGACGUUCAGAAUGGCAGAGCUGAAUAUAUUACAUGUCACACAUGUGUAAAUGUUUGGGGGCGAGGGUAAGGGUCGCGGGUGCAUUUGCUUUCCCAGCAAGCUUGUGUUUGCUUCGAAAGCAAAAAAAUAUAUAUUAUAUCGAUGAGAAAAAAAUGUAUUUUCAUGUCCAUUAGCGAUUAAUCAUGUGACACCAAAGUUGUCCAACUGAUUGGAGUCGGUGUUGAUGAUAAAAUCUAGAUAUUCCACCGCAAAGGUGCUCGGGUUCGCCCGCACAACUGUAAAAGACCGACCUACGUGGAAUUUCGCAAGAGGUAAUACCACUCGCGACAAUGCGCCUCCUUUCGUCCCUGCGGGGGGGGAGAGGGCGAAUCGAUGCAAUUCUGUCGGACCAUUUUGGUGGCACUGAAUCAUUGCUGAUGUGUGUUCACUGUAUUGCAGACUACGUAUAUAGUUUCACCAUCACUUACCACUGGGUAGGCUGGGAUUGGUCGUCUCGUAGUGUGUAGUAAUUCACUGUUCUCAACAGCAGUGCGUGCAGUGUCAAGAUUUGUAGAAACAGUGGUUUAGAUGUAAACUAUUGCUCUAUUUAUUCAUGUUGGAUGGGGAAGUCACGACAUGAGGCUAAACAUCCACUGCAUUAAGAGAAAAUAAAAGCCUGUGUUUGCACUAAGGAGUAAUGGAUGGGUGUUAGGUGUUUUCGUCUUUUAUUUUUUAAUUACAUAAUACUGCUUGUGUCUUCGAUCUCAUCAUCGUUUUACGUGUUCCUUUGCUGGGGAAGAAACUUGCAAGCUGAAAUAAAUACAAAUCUAUCUUCUA